GGGUGGUGAGAGAGCAGCCAGGGGGGCGGGGAAGUACCCGCAGCCGCUCGGGCAGUUUCUGCUACAGCCACUGCAGCCCCGGCUGCCGCAGCAGCAGCAGCCACAGGAGCAGCAUCCUUAACAGCAGAAGCAUCCGCCGCCGCCUCCGCGGUGCCGAGACAGAACAAGCCAGGGAGAGCGCGAGCGCCCAGCCAGGAUGUCUGUGGCUCCUCCCAGCUAUUGCUUUGUGGCCUUCCCCCCACGGGCCAAGGAUGGGCUGGUGGUGUUUGGGAAGAAUUCGGCUCGGCCCAGAGAUGAAGUCCAAGAGGUUGUCUAUAUUGCAGCUGCUGACCACGAACCUGAAAGCAAAGUGGAGUGCACAUACAUCACAAUUGAACAAGUCCCCAAGACACACGCCAUUGUGAUCAGCAGACCUGCCUGGCUUUGGGGUGCAGAAAUGGGAGCCAACGAGCAUGGGGUCUGCAUCGCCAAUGAAGCUAUCAGCACCAGAGAGCCAGCCCCUGAGAGUGAAGCCUUACUAGGGAUGGACCUGGUCAGGCUGGGUCUAGAAAGAGGUGCUACGGCCAAAGAGGCCUUUGAGGUCAUUGUCUCCUUGUUGGAAGAGCAUGGGCAAGGUGGAAAUUACUAUGAAGAUGGGAACUCAUGCCACACUUUCCAAAGCGCAUAUCUGAUUGUGGAUCGAGAAGAAGCCUGGGUGCUAGAAACCAUAGGGAAAUACUGGGCAGCUGAAAAAAUCACAGAGGGAGUGAAAUGCAUUUGUAACCAGCUUUCCAUCACCAGCAAGAUCGAUGUGGAGCACCCUGAGCUCAGGAGUUAUGCUGAAGGUCAAGGCUGGUGGACAACAGACCAAGAGUUCAACUUCUCAGAGGUGUUUUCUCAAGCAGAUGAUCACCUAGGCUGUUGUUCAGGCAAAGACAGCCUAGAAAAACAAGAGGAGAGCAUCACUGUGCAAACCAUGAUGAAUGUUUUGCGGGACAAAGCCAGUGGGGUCUGUGUGGAUUCUGACUCUUUCCUCACUACUGCCAGCAUUGUGUCUGUCUUGCCCCAGGAAGGGAGUUCACCAUGCAUACACUACUUCACUGGGACCCCAGAUCCCUCCAGGUCCAUAUUCAAGCCUUUCAUCUUUGUGGAUGAUGUAAAGCUGGUCCCUAAAGUUCAGUCUCCCUGUUUUGGGGAGGAUGACCCUGCCAAGAAGGAGCCCCGUUUUCUGGAGAAGCCUGACCGUCGGCAUGAGCUCUAUAAAGCCCAUGAGUGGGCACGAGCUGUCAUUGAAAGUGACCAGGAUCAAGGUCACAAGCUCAUGGAGACCAUGUUAGACCUGGAGAAGCAAGGGCUGGAGGCCAUGGAAAGCAUUUUAAGCAGCGCAGACCCCAUGGACCCCACUGAAGUGGCCGACCUUUUCUAUGACUGUGUUGACACGGAGAUUAAGUUCUUUAAGUGAAUGAUGAUGGGCACGCUUAGCCUUUUCCCAAGAAGACUAGCGCUUGUCAAGCCUUGAAGGAUAGUCUUCACAUUGCUGAAUUUUCAGGAAAGCAAAACGAAAGCAAAACCUUUAAAAGAGUCUUUGUCUCUUCUUAGUAGCUGUUUCAAGUUUAACCAACUGGCUUUUCUUUGCCCAGUCACAUGCUGUUUUGUGUAGAGUCCAAGGAGAAUGUCAGCAGGGUGGCCACAACUUUCCAGCGGGUGUGCUGUCUGAUACCCCAUGGAAUGCUUUUCCGGGCCACUAGAACAAAUGGAUAAGAGGAGACCUCCCUGGCCCAUGUUCUGAUGACUCGAAUCAUAGACGUGUUUCUCUUCUAGUCAGUGUGCUUGCAAUGUGUCCCCAGAAAGGCACACACAUAAGUGUCUCAGAGGGAAUUGGAGACAUUGGAGAGGCGCUGAGUCAGUGCAUGGAUUGAUGCUAAACCAGCCCCUGCAGCACGGAUCUCGGCAGGCCAGCUGCUUCUCCACCUGGAUGGUGUCAUGUAUAUAGAUGAUUCACAACCAAGUUGCUGCUGGCUAGCUUGAGGUUACUGUCAUUAAAUGGCCUCAUGGAAGGAUUCCAAACAUACAGAAGCUGGGAAUCCGCCAACAUGCAAGGCAGGAGAGGGGAAAACCAGCAGCCAGUGACCAUGGGAGUUUGGGGGGCAUCUUUGGCAGCCACUGUUCUCGCAUGCCUAGAUUUCCUCAUUUCUCUGGGAAACUCAGAGGAGCUCUCCCAGUGUAUGCAUUCUCUCAGCAGCCACUUAGAGUAAUUAAGUUGAUUCGUUCUGCACGUGUAGAAUUAAGUCAAAGAAAGCAAUUUGCCAACAGCGCCUGGAAACCAACUUAAGGGAGACUAGACUGGGUCAGCACUAUGAAGACAGAGUGCAAGGAGGGGUUAGAGAGGUCCUGGAUUUCUCUGAGGUGCAGCUGACAUUUAUUUACAAAUCACUCCGAGGCUUCCCAAAUAGGUUACCUGCAUCUGAUUCUACUUUCUGCUGCUAGCUGGACAUUGUUCACUUUUCCUCCAUCUGACUCCUCUUCUUCAUUGUUCCCCCACUCCUCAGCUGCUGUCUCCCCAAAAGCUCCUAGACUAGGGUGUCCCCUUGCUUGACUAGGAGGAGGGAGGCUGAUGCCUCUGUUCUCUAAAGCCCUCCAUUAUCACUAAAAUGAUAGGGAGGGAUGCAAGAUGAUCAUCAGCUGAAAUGAACAAAUGCAACUAACAAAAGGAAUGGGGCCAACUACUAGCACCCAGUCCAGGACCACUGAAAUCUGAUGGCUACUUUUCAUCACUUGUGUUGAUAAGACUGCACAGGUGGGACAGCAUCUAAGGUCACCUAACCCCCACUAACGUAGUUCCAGCCUGCUUCCUUGCAUAGAUACGCUCCUUGCUUCAAACCUGUUAGCGAAAGGCUUGUGGUGAUUGAAAAGCAUGGCUACCUUGUCAAUUUCUCUAUCUUAUGAUGUUAAUUCCAAGUGAGGAAAUGCCUGAGAGCUGUUCAAGGCGAAAGAGAGACCAGGCUGUGGGGUGUGCUUUUGUUCAGAGCUAGGAAGGAGGGGCCACAAAGAUAAAUUUGCCUCCAUUUUCAGACUGUGGGCUACCAAACAUACCAUUUUCUCUCUGGAGACCCUUGACUACUUCUCUUUAGUUUCCCUGGCUAGAACAGUUUUCUUAGGCCUCCCAGAUGCUGGUGGCAGUCAAGGGUAAGGAAUGGCAAAGACGAUUUGGCGACAUGCCUCAUCUCAGUGGUCACUCCUGAGACUAGCUGUAGACUAUGGGUUCUUAGACCCCAUGGACUCCUUUGGUAGUCUGGAGAAGCCUGUGAACCCCUGCACAGAAUCAUAUUUUUAAAUGUGUAAGAUUAAAUAUAUAAAAUUAUAAAGGAAGCCAGUUAUAUUGAAAUAUAAUUAUAAAAAUAUUUUUUAAAAAGUUCAUGGAUCCCUUGAGAUCUAUCCAUGGACCCCAGAUUAAGGAUCCUGUGUAACAGAAGGAGUGAUGCUGUAAUAUGGGGUAUUUUAAGUGAACUAAGAGAAUCUAGGAAAAACAUUCCACAAACUCACGAUGGGGGCUGGGGUCAGAAGACCUUCUACUAUUGAGAACUCAGAGAUCUGCUCCAUAUCAAUCAAGUUGAUUUAAAUGCUGAGAACAUAAGUUUGGUUCUCCUGAUUUCUACUGUGGCUUAAGCCCUUACUGGUAUAAUUCUGAAGGUCAGCCUUGUUGCUCUAACUUGGUGACAGGAAUGCUGAGACUAUCACACAAACAUUGACCUUGCUUGGCCAGAUUGAAAGAAGUGUGGAGCAGACUCUGGAGGGUCAUUUGGACCAUCCCUAUCUAUGCUGUUCCUAGCCCAGCAUCAUUAUCCUGAUUCAAGAACUCAGAGCAAGUGUUGUUUUUUUUGGAUAAGGCUGAUUACAAAGAAAUAUGGGUCUCAUAUUGCAUCCACUUUGGGGAUGACCCCUGACUAGUUUCUGUUUCCCCAAGUGUUAUGGGAAGGUGGCCACUGAAAAGCAAUUCUAUUUGGGUAGGCUAAGUCAUUGAUGUUUCUGCCACUCCCUCUGAAUGGUUUUGCACAUUUAUUUAACUAAUGACACAAUUCUGUGCCUGAUCUGUUUGGGUCUUUGUUUUCUGUGGCUGAAAAAAACCCAACCCCCCAAAUGACCCAACAACUCCAAACUAACCACGACUCAACAGGGGCUUUGGGGAAAAAACUUGAGGAGGCUCAUGAGCUCCUCAAGGGUUUGCUUUUCCGGUCUGUUCAUGGAGAGAAAAGUGAUAGUGUAGGCAAAGUUAUUAAAAAUAAGUCCCAAUGUUUGGAAUGUUGACAGAUUUUUUACCAUCAUAUGUUCAGAAGACAUGAACAAUAGGGCUAGAAAGGCUGGCCAGAAUCAUCAUUUUCUCCAGUUCCAGACACUAAUUGGAUUGUUGUUUAAUUAGACUCUAGCUGGUUACCAGCCACAGAUGAGGACAGGUCAACUGUUUUAAGAAGAAAGAGCCCGGAUUUUGCAAAAUGAGCUGUAAAGGUUGAGAGUGGAAAAGGUAGAAUGUGUAACUUACCAGUUAUUCAAAUUGUCACCACCAUGAAGAAGCUCUUACAUCAGAACUCACAGGCAUUAUUACUCCACUUCUUGGCUGUUGAGUUAAGACAUGGAAUUAUCAGAACAUACCUAUGCCGAGAGAGACAUCAUGACCUAGUGGGCAGAAGGUCAGCCUUGGGGUCAGGAAGACAUGGGUUCAAGUUUUACCUCCAUGGUACACAGUAGUCACACAGAUCCACUUCUCCCAGUCCUGGAGGCCAGGAGGCUUCAUUGAUUAGAUUCUUCUUAGCCAAUGCUGAUCAUUCCAUGCAAGUCCUGUUAACCCGUUCUGAUUCUUUGUUGAUGUGUGCUUUCUCUACUGAACCCAACACAAUGUGAAUCUUUAUUUGCUAAUUUCUUGUGGAAACUCACCUGCACCUGUUUGCAAUCAUCUUGUGUAAACUAAAGUGUCUUUACUGGAAACAUACUCUUUGUUGAGAACAAUAAAAGACAAAGCAUUC